UUAUGUUGCAAUGACAUAUUUUUAAGCAUUAUUUUAAGGCAUGCAAUAUAUUUAUGCGUCAUUUCACGAUAUUAGCGCUCGCUGUUACGCACGUAACCGUUACUUUCUGAAAACUACUGUUCCGAAAAUUCCCAUUUCCCUGCAAACUGGAGGCUGCACCACCCUAGGGUGAUCACAUACUUCAAACAAUCCGACUGCAGACUCCAUCUUGUCCCCACAGCCAAUCACCAGCUGCCAUGUUCUUCAGUAACGCCUACUCCUGGGAGGCGCUAAGUUUCACAGCUGCUCCCUCAGAAGCAUCUCCGGCUCCUCAGACAGACAGUGAAUGUGGAACAAAAGCACUCGCCCUACCUGCGCAGCCAGAGGAGCACCCCGCAGAACCAACAUGGAGUCGUACAUAUUCUCAUCUCCGGAGAUUAAAAUAAGGAGGAUAGAGGUGAAGUUGGAGAAUGAGGAGCUGGGGAGUAAGCACCAUGCCAUCCCAAUAAAGAGGGAAAUGGAUUCUGGUUACACAGACAAUGAACCAGAAAUAUUACAGAUAAAGGUAGAAGAGGAGGAACUGGAAAUGUUCCCUACAAUAAACAAUGAGAAGGAUGGGCAUCGCGGGCCUGUGAUUCGGAACCAAAGGGAGAGAGUGGUUGGCACCUCAGGGCGGGCUGCCCGCUUCUCUUCUGGGGAGAACAAUGCGCUGAUGGACAAGAUUGUGCAACAUUAUGACUACAUCAUUGGGAAGGGGGCAGCCCGAACCCCCGCCUGCAGGAAGAAGGCAAUAUGGGGGGAGAUUAGAGACGCUGUCAACUCUGUCAGCAAUUUCCAGCGCUCGGUCGCCAACUGCAAGAAGCGCUACCAGGACAUUAAGCGGCUCCUGAAGAAGAAGCUCUCGGCUGCCAGGAAACAGAUCCGGGGAUCAGGCGGGGUCCCGCCGCAGUACCUGGGGCUCUUUCCGUAUGAAGAACAGCUGCACCAACUGCUGGGUCUAGAGCUGGAAGGAGGAGACAGGGAUUGGGACAUCGAUCACCCUGAAGUGGGGGGACCCUCAACGCGCUCUCGUGCAAGAAUUCGCCACAACACCCACCCAGGAGGAACGGUGAUAUCUCCUCAGCGUGUGCCCCCGGGCAGACUGUCCCCCCUGGGGCCAGACACAGAGGCCUUUGAAGGAGAUGACUCUUCCUCUGAGGAUCCCUCCAUGUGUGUUCCUGCCGGAUUUUCCCAAGUCACGGAGCCGCCGGCUGAUAUAGAUACGGCCUCCAACCAAUCAAGUGAUGCCGAGUCGAACAGAAGAAGGUUACGAGUGGUAGACACAGCGGAUACACUAUCAACGUUAGCGCCUGUACUCCUCCCCAAGCGCUCGUCUGUGCGGUCAGAACCGGCGGUGGAAUGUUCGCCUGGAACUACACAGAGGACGCCAGAAAGUGCAGUGGCCCCGAGCCAUAGGUUGAAUGAAAUGCAAGCUCCUCCCCCGCCUGAGCUAUGGGAGGAGACUCCGGAUUCAUACAAAGGCAUGGGCGCUCUCAUCCGAGAGGUGCGACUGUUGAGGGAAGGGCAGGAACGCUUCUUAUCUCAUCACCUGCAGCUCAUGGAGCAACAAAAUCAGAUCUUCAGGCAAAUGGUGGGUCUUGUUGCUGCGUGGGGUCCGGCCCCCCCUGCGCAGCCUCAGCACCCCCAUUCUACAUCAGAGGGGGAUCAUAUAUUUCUAGCAAGGAGAUCACAUUAUCCUUCUCCGGCUGGGGAAGAAAACAGGAAUUUUAAGCAAAUGUAGGACAAUGCACAUUGCUCCCAUAGCCCAGCCAUUAUUCCCGUACUGCUUUACUAAUGGUUUCUAGCGCUGUAUUCAGAAUUUGUAUCCCUGACCAUUGGGGGUUCUCAGGCAAAGCCAAAAUAAAGCUAAGGCUAGAGUUGCACCCUG